AUGUCCUCCGACGACCUCGAUCAGGUCGAGCCCGCUCGUCCUCAUGCCCAUCAUCACCACACUAUCCCCGGCGAGGUUCCCGUCCCGCACGGCCCUCCCGCCAGUGACAGUGGUGAGGAUUCCUUGUUCGGCACAACUCCCGAGGAGCGCCGCAUCUUUAGCCAUGUCACCCGCCCGGACGACUCGUACACCCCCGAAGGUGUCUACUGGGCCGACUUGCCUCUUGGCCAACGCUUCAGGUUCGUCAGAGCCGUCGACCGCCAGGCCGCCAAGGAGGAGCUUGCUACCAUCGGUGCCAUGGUGAAAAAGGAUCCCCUCUCUCCUCUCGGCUGGUACUUUCGCCACGCCGUCAUUCCCGGUGCUGGUCUCGGUCUCGAGGGCUACGUCCUCUUCUCCAUUGGUAACCUCGAGCCUCUCUUCAGCCAGGUCUGGCCCGAAUGCUGGGACAGCAAGAGCAAGAACCCGGUCUGCAGCAAGAACUGGCUCGCCUCCGUCACAUACCUUGAGAUCAUUGGCAUCAUGGUUGGUCAGGUUUUCGUCGGUGUCAUCGGUGAUUGGAUCGGUCGUCGCUGGGGUCUUAUCCAGGACGCCGUCAUCAUGUUCAUCGGCCUGCUCAUGCUCACUGCCUCGUGGGGUCUGACUCUCCAGGGUUGGGUCAUUUGCUACGCCUGGUCCCUCUUCUUCUACUCUCUCGGUGUUGGUGGUGAGUAUCCCAUCACCGCCACCUCGUCGCUCGAAAAUGUCUCUUCCUCUGGCCGUCUCUCCACCAAGGAGGACAGACUGCACCGUGGUCGCCGUGUCACCAUGGCCUUCCUCAUGCAGGGAUGGGGUCAGCUUGUCAACCAGAUCCUGCUCAUUGUCCUCCUCGUCAUCUUCAACAACGGUUCCGGCUCCCCUCCCUACAGCCACAGCGCCGCCCAGUAUGCCUUCCGUCUAUCCUUUGCCUUCCCCGCCAUCGGCACGCUCUGGCUCGUCUACUACAGAACCUGGAAGAUGCCCAACCCUUCCAAGCAGCUCGCCGCCGCAAAGGCCCGCACCUCCGUCACUGGCUAUGAUAUCACUGCUCUCAAGUACUGCUUCACCCACUUCGGUGGCCGUCUCAUUGCCACUGCCGGCGCCUGGUUCUGCAAUGACGUCUUCUUCUACGGAAACAAGUUGUUCCAGGGUCAGUUCAUCAGCGUCAUCUCCCACAACCCCAAGAACCUCCUCACCACCUGGAGCUGGAACCUGGUCAACAUUGCCGUCUCUCUCGCUGGCUACUACAUGGCCUCUUUCCUCAUCGACAACAAGAUGUACGGCCGCAAGAUGAUGCAGCAGGUCGGCUUCUUCAUGUGCUUCCUCAUGUUUGUCAUUCCCGCCUUCAAGUACGACUACUACACCAGUCCCGCCGGCAUCCACUCCUUCCAGGCCAUGUACUUCCUCUCCUCCUUCUUCAACCAGUUUGGCCCCAACUCAGUCACUUUCCUCGUCGCCGGCGAGGUCUUCCCCACCCCCAUCCGUGCCACCGCUCAUGGCUUCUCUGCAUGCAUGGGCAAGGCUGGUGCUCUCCUCGCCUCGGUUCUCUACAACUACAUUGAUACCCCGACCAAAUUCCUCGUCGUCCCGUGGUUCGGUCUUGCUGGUAUGCUGCUUACCUAUCUCUUCCUCCCUGAUACAACCGGUCUCGACCUCAAGGAGCAGGAGCGUCGCUGGCGCUACAUCCGCGAAAACCGCGCUCACGAGUACCACGGUGUUGCCGUCAACCCCCAGCAUCUUUCUGUCUGGGAGCGCCUCAUGGGCCUUGCCAAGACGUACGACCCCGAAAAGGACUGGAAGGCCAAGGUCGCCGACAUGCGCAAGGAGUGGGAUGAUGUCCAGGCCGCGCGCGGUCCCAAGGAGACGGAGAACAACCACGAUGACCACGGCAUGGGUGACGACGGCGAGUUCUCGCAGGAGAUCCACGAGUACUUUAAGCGUUCGGCCCCUCCUGGCCUCCACAACCGUGGUGUGCUUGGUGAGAAGAUUGCUCAUGAGUCUGAGAAAUAG